AGUUUUUUUCCCGUGGUUCGCAUCAUAAAGCGGCGAAAAUCUUUCAACAUCGUAACGUUAUUUCGGCAUCCAUUAGACAAGAAAAGAGAUGGCAUUUGUUCGCAGGGUUUUCUCAGCAGUAAGCGCUUGCGGGUUUUUAUCUCCUCGUGAAAAAUUUCAUUUGCGUUUCUUCUGUAACAAAGUUGCGGUUUCCAAUCCUCUUUUCUCCAAAUUGCUUCAAAUACCCAUCUCUCAAAUCAAAACUACGCUUGAUUCAGAGGACCCUCUUCUCCUCAAUAAUUCCUCCUUCCCCUGGGAUGCCCUCCUUACAUCUCUCCAAUCUUCCUCGCCUCUUAAAGCUCAAUCGGUCUUGGAAUGGAGAUUAGAUAAAAUGCUGAAGGGGAAUGAGUCAUGCCAUGAUUACUCUGGUUUAAUAUCUCUUUGUGGAAAGAUUCGAAAUAUACCACUGGCAAUGCAUGUGUUUACUUCGAUGGAGCGUCGUGGAAUUAAGCCCAAUUCUUCUAUUUUCAAUUCCCUUAUUUAUGCUUGCUUGUGCUCCGGUGAGGUUGUGACAUCCCUUAGCUUGUUUGAGACAAUGGUGAGGUCUGAGGACUAUAAAGCCAAUUCUGAAACUUAUGAUAUUUUCAUAGCGGGCUUUUCCAGCUUGGGAAAUGUUGAUGCAAUGCACGCAUGGUACUCUGCCAAAAAGACUGCUGGGUUUUCGGCUAAUGUUCAAACCUAUGAAUCUCUCAUUUCUGGUUGUGUUAAAUCAAAGAAUUUCGAUGGUGCUGAUAGAUAUUAUGAGGAAAUGAUGUUAGUUGGAAUUAUGCCUAGCAUGACCAUAUUGGAGUCUGUUCUUGAAGGAUUUUGCAAGCGUAGAAGUUCAGGUAAAGUAAAAGAGUUUGUAGAGUUUCUGUUGGAUGCAGGUUGGAAAAUUAAUGAGAAUAUGUGUGAAGUGCUUGUGAAAUUUUAUUGUGAACAUGGGAAAGUGAAUGAAAUGGAGGAGCUACUUGUAACUUUGGUUAAGUACAAUCAAGAUCCUCAAGUUUUGUUGUUGGUGCAUUGUGGGAUUAUAAGGAUUUAUGCCUUGUCAGACAGACUGGAUGAUGUAGAAUACUCUGUGGGGAGAAUGGGAAAACAAGGGUUAUCAUUUAAACGUGCAGAAGAUGUUGAAAAGGUGAUUUGUUCAUACUUCAGGCGUGAAGAAUACGAAAGGCUAGAGCUAUUUUUGGACCAUAUCAAGAGUUCUUAUAAGCUCACAAGAUCAAAUUACGAUUUUCUGAUUGCUGGAUAUCGGAGAGCUGGCUUAUCUGAGAAAGUGGAUUUGGUGAUAAAGGAUAUGAAAUUUGCUGGAAUUUUUUAGUACCUUGAAUGGAGUAUAACCAAGUUCGCUCGAAUCUCAGUUGUCCUGGUUAUCUUAGCAUCACAGCAUUGGCCAAAUGUAUAACAAAGCUUCUAUUGGACUGAAACUAUGAAAGAGAUUGAGAUUGUUUUGUGGUAAGUGGAGUAAUAUUAAAGUGAUCACAAGGUCAUGCAACUAUAUUUGAUUAUACUUUUUUUAUUUUUAAUUUAAUCUGUUUUUUAUGUUAUAGGGAAAAUGAGAAAUUAUGUAAUUAUUGCAUCCCAAAUAUUGUAAAGGAAUGCACUUAUCGCCAGACUAUAAAUCUGUUGUCGAAUUGUGUGCUCAGGGACAACAUUAAUGAA